AUGGAAACAAAAACAAACAUUCGUUUUGAAUGGCAACGCGCAAAACCGUUGGACUUGUCGUUCAAGGCGUUGGACAACCUCUACAAUUGGUCGUCCGAAAACUAUAAGGACGCGCCGAGUGCUUACCGAAUGCUAGGAUUACCGGUCAGGCAAAUCAACAGCAACCGGUACGCGACCGCGUCGCUGUUGCUCAACGACAAUCGGCUGUCCGGCGACGAAGGGCUGUCCGGACUCCGGGCGUUGGUCAACGCAUUGCUAGUGCAGCCCGACGCUCUGUGUUGGUUAGACUUGUCCCGGAACAGGCUGACCGACGUCACAGACGAGCUGUUCCUGUUCCCGAACCUACGAACGUUGUACUUGCACGACAACGCGGUGACCAGCGUGUGCGUGGCCGGUAAGCUCAGGCGGUUACCGGCGCUGCGGACGCUCACCCUGCAAAACAACCCGGUGGCCUCGGUACACGAUUACCGGGUCACCGUCAUCCGUCUACUGCCUCGACUGGCCAGUCUAGACUUUGUGCGGGUGACGGAUGACGAGCGCACCAGACUGGCCUCUGCAACUGUGGAAAAAGCGCUCAAAAGCAACAAGAUCUAUGUCCUGUGA